AUGUUCGCCACUGAACGAUUUAUUAUUGAAGUGCAAAAUAGAGUUUGCCUUUGGGACUCCAGGGAAAAGCCGGAUAGAACGGCAAAGAAACGAGCAUGGGAAGAGAUAGCAAAAUUAUUUUUCGACAGUUGGGAUAGUGAAAUGGAAACAAAACAGCGAGAACUUGGUGAGUUUAUCACUUUAUUAAUUUUCCAUAGGUACAAGUAUAAGUAA